GAGCCGCCGGAGGAGGAGCGGCGCAGGGGAUGCGGUUGUGGUGGCGGCGGCGGCGGCCGAGCGCGGGGGGCGGCUGUGGCGGCGGUGGGGGGCGCGGGCCAGCGAUGGCGCGGCGGCGCUGAGGGCACGGGGCAGGCGGCGGCCGAAGGGCGGACGGCGCGAGUGGAAGCGGCGGCGGUGGCUCCAUGGCCCGGGCGAGCUGAGGGACGCGGCUCUCGCCUCAGCCCGGCGGCAGCGGCGGCGGCCGAACAAUGAAGCUCCUGAAGCCGACCUGGGUCAACCACAAUGGCAAGCCGAUUUUCUCAGUCGAUAUUCACCCUGACGGGACCAAGUUCGCAACUGGAGGACAAGGGCAGGAUUCUGGGAAGGUUGUGAUCUGGAAUAUGUCUCCAGUCCUCCAGGAGGAUGACGAGAAGGAUGAAAAUAUCCCCAAGAUGCUUUGCCAGAUGGACAAUCACUUAGCAUGUGUGAACUGUGUGCGGUGGUCAAACAGUGGGAUGUAUUUAGCUUCUGGGGGAGAUGACAAACUGAUUAUGGUGUGGAAGCGGGCUACGUACAUCGGCCCCAGCACCGUGUUUGGCUCCAGUGGUAAGCUUGCUAAUGUGGAGCAGUGGCGGUGUGUCUCCAUCCUCCGGAAUCACUCAGGCGAUGUGAUGGAUGUAGCAUGGUCUCCCCACGAUGCCUGGCUGGCCUCAUGCAGCGUGGAUAACACUGUCGUCAUCUGGAACGCUGUGAAGUUUCCAGAAAUUCUAGCUACUCUGAGAGGUCAUUCUGGCUUGGUGAAAGGGUUGACUUGGGACCCUGUUGGCAAAUACAUAGCCUCUCAAGCUGAUGACCGCAGCCUGAAGGUGUGGAGGACACUGGACUGGCAGUUAGAGACCAGCAUCACCAAGCCUUUUGAUGAGUGUGGAGGGACGACCCACGUGUUGCGGCUCAGCUGGUCGCCUGAUGGGCAUUACCUGGUGUCUGCCCAUGCCAUGAACAACUCUGGCCCCACUGCCCAGAUCAUCGAACGGGAGGGCUGGAAGACCAACAUGGACUUCGUGGGGCAUCGGAAAGCUGUGACUGUCGUGAAAUUCAACCCAAAAAUCUUCAAAAAGAAGCAGAAGAACGGGAGUUCUGCGAAGCCCAGCUGCCCAUACUGCUGCUGUGCUGUUGGCAGCAAGGACCGGUCACUCUCUGUCUGGCUCACGUGUCUGAAGCGGCCGCUGGUGGUCAUCCAUGAGCUGUUCGACAAGUCCAUCAUGGACAUUUCCUGGACUCUGAACGGGCUGGGCAUUCUGGUGUGCUCCAUGGACGGUUCUGUGGCAUUCCUCGACUUCUCUCAGGAUGAGCUCGGAGACCCCCUGAGUGAGGAGGAGAAGAGCCGCAUUCACCAGUCCACCUAUGGCAAGAGCCUGGCCAUCAUGACUGAGGCCCAGCUUUCCACAGCCGUCAUCGAGAACCCUGAAAUGCUCAAGUACCAGCGGAGGCAGCAGCAGCAGCAGCUGGACCAGAAGAGUGCCCCAGCCCGAGAGCCAGGCUCAGCGGCCUCUGUUGCAGGUGUCGUCAAUGGCGAGAGUCUGGAAGACAUCAGGAAGAAUCUUUUGAAGAAACAAGUUGAGACUCGGACAGCAGAUGGUCGGAGAAGAAUCACGCCUCUCUGCAUAGCACAGCUGGACACUGGGGACUUCUCCACGGCAUUCUUUAACAGCAUCCCCCUCUCGGGCUCCUUGGCGGGCACCAUGCUCUCCUCUCAUAGCAGUCCGCAGCUACUGCCACUGGACUCCAGUACCCCCAACUCCUUCGGCGCCUCGAAGCCUUGCACAGAGCCUGUGGCAGCCACCGGUGCCAGGCCUGCAGGCGAUUCUGUCAAUAAGGACAGUGUGAAUGCUACCUCUACUCCUGCUGCAUUGUCGCCUUCUGUGUUAACCACCCCGUCCAAGAUUGAACCCAUGAAAGCAUUUGACUCCCGAUUCACAGAGCGGUCCAAAGCCACCCCGGGUGCUCCUGUCUUGACCAGCAUGACUCCGACAGCCAUUGAAAGGUUAAAAGAACAGAACCUUGUGAAAGACCUGAGGCCCCGGGACCUCCUGGAGACCAGCAGUGACAGUGACGAAAAAGUCCCUUUGGCCAAGCCUUCCUCGCUGUCCAAGAGAAAACUUGAGCUCGAGGUGGAGACAGUAGAGAAGAAGAAGAAAGGGCGGCCUCGGAAGGAUGCCCGUCUCAUGCCCGUGGCUCUGUCUGUCCAGUCUCCAGCUGCCCUGACCGCAGAGAAGGAGGCCAUGUGUCUGUCUGCAGCAGCACUUGCACUGAAGCUGCCGGUUCCGGGCCCCCAGAGAGCUUUCACCCUCCAGGUGAGCUCCGAUCCCUCCAUGUACAUUGAGGUGGAGAAUGAAGUGACGGCUGUGGGGGGUGUAAAGCUGAGCCGCCUGAAGUGCAACCGGGAAGGGAAGGAGUGGGAGACGGUGCUCACCAGCCGGAUCCUCACUGCAGCUGGCAGCUGUGAUGUGGUGUGUGUCGCCUGCGAAAAAAGGAUGCUGUCAGUGUUCUCCACCUGUGGUCGCCGCCUCCUUCCUCCCAUCCUCCUGCCGUCCCCGAUCUCUACUUUACAUUGCACAGGCUCCUACGUCAUGGCACUCACUGCUGCGGCCACACUGUCCGUCUGGGAUGUUCACAGGCAGGUGGUUGUGGUGAAAGAAGAGUCUCUACACUCCAUCUUGACAGGAAGUGAUAUGACAGUGUCACAGAUCUUGCUGACGCAGCAUGGAAUCCCAGUUAUGAACCUGUCUGAUGGAAAGGCAUACUGCUUCAAUCCGUCACUGUCAACAUGGAACCUGGUUUCUGACAAGCAGGACUCACUAGCUCUGUGUGCGGACUUCAGGAGCAGCCUGCCAUCCCAGGACGCUAUGCUGUGCUCAGGACCCUUAGCCAUAAUCCAGGGCCGCACUUCCAACUCGGGAAGACAGGCUGCCCGGCUCUUCUCCGUGCCUCAUGUGGUGCAGCAGGAGACCACCCUGGCCUACCUAGAGAACCAGGUUGCAGCGGCACUCACUCUGCAGUCUAGCCACGAGUACCGCCAUUGGCUCCUCCUCUACGCACGGUACCUUGUGAACGAAGGGUUUGAAUACCGACUCCGAGAAAUAUGCAAGGACUUACUGGGUCCAGUUCACUACUCCACUGGAAGCCAGUGGGAGUCAACAGUAGUGGGUCUGCGGAAGAGGGAGCUGCUGAAGGAGCUGCUGCCAGUCAUCGGACAGAACAUCCGUUUCCAGCGCCUCUUCACCGAGUGUCAGGAACAGCUCGAUAUCCUAAGGGACAAGUAGCCUGCCCUGGCCUGCCCCGGCCGCAGCAAGGGCAGGGCUACACUCUCGCCACUGACAGCAUGCAGGGCUGCUUCUCACCUGGCCAGGCUGCAGUGGGAGGAGGAGCCACUGGCAGGAAAUGUGCUGUCCUGUACCAGCGCCGGCCCAGCUCCCCAGACGGAUGUGCCCUGUGUCCUGGGCCUGAUGUUGCCUCGGGAGGGGGCAGCUCACCCCUCCCUCCAGGCCCCCCGUCCAGAGCCAGGGCAGGGGCUCUGCCCAGCUGCCCAGGGGCCAGCAAGGCACUCCCAGGCCUGCCGUCUCCAGCACGGCCCCAAGGUGGACACUAGCCCCUGCUACUGCAGGUGCCGUGCUGCUUCAGCUACGAUGAAUGAGCCAUUUGGGAGCGAGAAUCUGGAGCGUUAGGUAUUACGGAGUCAGCAGACUGACCUGAGACCUAUGUAAAAGGAAAGCUGUUCCAACACACGGACUAUUUUUGUACUAGAAUUUGCUAACUUGUAAUAUGGAAUUUUCCUUUGGCCAAUAAUCAGGAUUUCCCCUAUAAGUCACUUGGACAUUGGUCACUUGUAGGAAAUUUAAACUCUAAUUAUGACAGCUACACUGAAAAAUAAUUGUACUGAAAUUAACUUGUCUAUCUUUAUUUGGUUUUAAUUUUUAAAUGUUUGUAAAAAGAGACUGUUUUGGGGGGAAUGGGGCAAAGGGGUGGGCAGUUUCUUUUGUAAGUGUAAAAUAAAUGAACACACAUUGGAUACCAAA